AUGGACUCCAGUCAUUUUUCUAUCAAUAAAGCUGCCAUGUUGCUUGGAAUUGGUCUGGACAACGUAAUUGCAGUAGACUGUGAUUCAAAUGGGAAAAUGAAGGUAGAUGUCUUGCGUUCAAAAAUAAAACACUCAAUUGCAAACCAACAAACUCCUUUGAUGGUAAAUGCGACAUGUGGAACAACAAUUCUGGGAGCUUUCGACCCGCUGGAAAAAAAUGCCGAUGUAUGUGAAGAGUUUGGGAUGUGGCUACAUGUAGACGUUACAUGUCAGGCUGAUUCUAUGACAUGGAAUCCACACAAGAUGAUGGGUACGCCUUUGCAAUGUUCAGCUAUUUUGUUGAAGGAAAAGAUAAUAAUAGGUGUUUUACUGGAUGUCAACCAAACUGGUGCAACAUACCUAUAUCACAAAGACAAACAUUAUGAUACAAGCUUUGACACUGGUGACAAGUCUUUACAAUGUGGACGUCAUAAUGAUGUCUUCAAAUUAUGGUUAAUGUGGAGAUCGAAGGGUGAUAAUGGUUUUAAAGAUCAAAUUGAUUCGUGUUUCACAUUGUCAAAAUAUCUUGUCAGUGAAAUAAAGAAGAGACCACGUUUCCAGCUUGUUUUGGAAGAGAUACAAGGGCCAAAUAUAUGUUUCUGGUAUAUACCUUCGGGUAUUGUCAUAACAGACGAACACGAUGAAGGGAAAACACAUCUGAACAAGGUUGCGCCGAGUUUGAAAGCCCUUAUGAUGGAAAAGGGUACCAUUAUGGUCACUUAUCAGCCUCUCGGAGAUCUACCAAACUUCUUCCGCAUAGCCAUCUCAAACCCAGAAAUACAAAAAGAAGACCUCGAUUUUGUUUUAAAUGAAAUUGAAGAACUAGCCAAAUGUUUAUAAAAUGUUCCAAAUAGAAGUGCGAAUAAUGAU